AUGCUCAACCAAUCGGACGACAACAUGGCAGAGAUGAUGGUGAAGAAUAUGCCCUUGAAGUUGGGCCACACGUUGACCGUAACCGGGAUCCCCAAUGCGGCUCUCGUUAAGGACAGCUUUGAGUUUUAUAUCAGCUCUGGGGAUGACCUUGCGCUGUACAUGGAUGUGCGGUUCAACCGCUACCAAGACAUGAGGCAGGUGGUCUGCAACUCGCACCAGGCGGGGCGGUGGGGGGCCGAGGUCCACCAGGGUGGGUUCCCUUUCAAGUACAAUGAGCUCUUCAAGUUCACCAUCACCCUGACCUGUCAGGAGUUCUUGGUGCUCCUGAGCGAUGGCUCUGAGAUCCACUUCCCCAACCGCCUGGGGGCGACUGAGUACAAGGACUUCUCCUCCGACAAGGGCGUCCUCAUCCACAGCUUUGAGAUCAACUAACCCUGAGCUGGAUCUCCUCCUUCAGUCUGGUGGCCUCUCCUCACAGCAGACCGGUUCACAGGCAGA